AUGUCGCUCCUCUUAGCCCCCUACAACCAUGCUAUGCGACUUGGUCAAGGUUUCAAUUCCUACACUCAACAGAUAUGUAUUGAUGACGCCGUUGUGAUUGACGAGCAGCAUCCCGAGAAUGUUGUUACCAAUGAUGGUACCACUAUGCGAAUCAUGGCACAGAAGAGCGCUCAGCCCAGUGCUUGGACACGGCAGAAGGAGGUCAUCGUUGGCCAGCCUGCUACUGCGAUUCUUGUGGAGAACGCCAGGAAAGCAAAGGCGGAAGUUGCAUUCAUUGAAGCAGAAAUUGCUGAAGAAGCGGCUGAAAAAACACUCGAGAGUUCCGUAUCAAAAGAAGAAGUCGACAAGCAAAAGGCCGACCAGAAGGCUUCCAACUCAGAAAAGAAUCCAAAGGCUACCAAACCACAGAAACACACUGGCGAAGAUGAAAAGCCAUCUGUCGAAGCUCCUAGUGAUGAAUCUGGCUCUACGAAAGAUGUGGCCGAGGAUGAGGAAGCGCCUGAAGAAAAUCUGGCUACUAGUGAUGAGGGCACAGCCAUGACACCGCAAUCCUCUUCCGACAAAACUGCUUCAGGCAGCGAGAAACUUACGAAGAUACAUAAAAUAGAAAAUUCCGCAGCCGAGGACAUACCAACAAGCACGGAUGUCGCUAAAACACCACGCGGUCGAGCAGCUUCUACUGAGCCAGUAGCGGACACCAAGGCUACCAAGCCAGCGACUGAGCAACCUGCUAGCGAGAAGCUUUUGGGUAAGCCAGUUCAUUCAAAUGGAGAUCCUAUGGAAAUGAAUCCCAAGGCUAUCGAAGAAACCAUCCAGGGCAACGCGAUCGAGUCCGACAAAGCGCACCGUGGCCUUGUCGCAGCCAAUCUUCAAGCGAAUUCCGGAAAGCCUCCUCCCCAGAAGAAACCCUCGCAACGCAGUAGCUCGUCUGACCGUGUACGCCAAACUGCUCUGCCUACCGGCCCGCCCAAUCGUGCUGCAAUCAGAUCCGCCUUAACUGGAAAGCGUCUCACAGACGCAGCCAAGGCAGCCAAAGAUGAGGCCGAGAUGGUUCGUAGACAGGCGGAGGAGGCAGAGCUCCUAGCAGAGCACCGCCGGGACCAGAAGGCACUGCAGCUCCAGCAGCGCAAAGAUGAGAUGGAUCGACGCACCGAAGACCGCGACGAGCAGCGCGCGAUUCGUGCAGAGAAACGCGCAUGGGAUGCAAAACGGCGCGAGGAUGCUCGUAAAGCCAUUGAGAACGCUGCCAAUCUGCAAGCCACCAGUCUACAGGAUCUAGAGAAGAUUCGCGCGCAAAAUCAGUUCGUUGAACGAUUUAGCGGAAUGGCGGAGCAGUCGGCCAAGUACGAUUUUGAUCCCACUGCGCCUCGAGGACCUAGCCAGAAUGUCACAUAUACAUCUCGAUUUGUUGAUCGGCUCAGUGAUGUUACGGAGGAUAUGAGUGUUUCCGCAUCACUUUCCAUCAAAGCCGGAAAGGUUGGAGGUUCUGGAAAGGGAUCGUUUGUCGAUUCCGAUAAAUUCAAGGAGAGUGACCUGAACUUCUAUAUCUCCGUGAAGGUAGUCAAUCAGACCAUCAACUUCAAGGAUCCUCUGGUUUACAAUCCGUUGUCAAACAUUGACAAGGAUAACUUUCGGGAAGUCUAUGGGGAUUCCUUCAUCUCUGGCUUUGUGGAAGGUGGCGAAUUCAACGCCGUAGUCAGCAUGAAAAUCCUGAACAAGGCGAAAAAGUCGGACAUCCAGGCAGAGGCCAAAGUCGCAUUGACCGUGGGUCCCGUAGACGUUUCAGGACAGGCCAAUCUCGGUAUCGCACGAAGCAAUAUCCAGACAAAUACCGAGACCACGAUUCAGGUAAGCUGGUCAGGUGGUGGGCAUAUCAAGCCCAUGGAGCAGCAGUGGGAUAUCCACAGUCUGAUGAGUGCUGCUGCAAGGUUCCCAGACCUUGUUGCCGAUUGUCCUCAGCGCACCUACGCAAUCUUGACGAAAUAUGACUCUCUACGAAGCUUCGUAGCUAGGAAGCCUGCAUCAUACACGGCCUUGCAGUAUGAGAACGCUCAGCUCUAUACGAGUACACUGCUCGACUCCUUUGUCAGCUACAAGUCUUUGUAUAAGCGAUUGGGCGAGCAAAUCUAUGGAGUCCAAACCAAGCUGUUAGAAAUCACACCCUGGACCGAUGAAGAGCAGAAGAACGUCGAGGAAUAUUCCACUGCCGUGACACGGAUGGGAACCAAAGAUCCGGUUUCGGGACUCUAUCCACACAGAGAUGUAGACAAAUACUUUGAAGCCUCCAUCACAGGUCUGAGCAGCGCUCGAACUGCCAUACGCCGCCAAAUGGCCCGUAUCGUCAACGAAGUCGAUCUGAUGGAGAAGAACCCCAAGCUCGCGACGGACGAAGAUCAUGUUGAGCCCUACCAAUCACCCGUGGCUUUCGAGGCUCGUCUUCCGACUGUCGACGUGCCUGAGCGCCUGCGCGUAAAAGGCAAUCCUCUGUCAGGCAAGAGUCUCACAACAAAGACCCUGAGCGAAAGUGAGCAAAAGGCACAACUCGAAGCAGAAGCAGAACUUGCCAAAGGUGGUCCAUUGUAUACAGCUGGUGUGGAUGGCAAUGAAGUGAGAUCCUUCGAUAGUCUUCUCCUCGAGAAUCCUACGCUCAGCGCGCACUUCCGAGCAUCCAGUGCUGUUGGUGAGAGCGACAACGCUGUCGGAAAGUUAUUCAAUAACCUUGAGUUCCUCAAGUCCGACUGGGUUAUCACAUCUAUCCGUACUGAGAUGGCCAACGGCGCACUUGUGUUCUUGGCAGUUCACUAUGGCAAUGGUCUUGUUGUAGAGAGGGGAGCAUCUCAAGAUAAAGCGCGCGUCAAGAAAUUUGGACCUUUUGCCCCCGGCGAGAGAAUCAAUUCAGCCUCUAUUGAGCAUGGUAAGCGCAAGGGUGAGAACAUGCCAAAGCAAGUACUCGGGCUUCGCCUUUUCACCAAUCGUGGUCGCAGCUUGAUUGCGCGGGCGCUGCAUUCUGACACUACUGAUAAAGGCCUUGUGACCAGAGAUGGUGUGAUUUACGAAGAGGUCAAAGUGCAGUACAUGGAUAUGCCGUUCAACUCGGGAACGAUCAAGGGUUUCUUCGGUCGCAGUGAUGAUAGCGGAGAUGGCAAGAUCUACCGUCUUGGUGUCAUUUGGUGUCGCUUAGACGAUCUGAAACCAGAAGAGGCUGAAGCUGAUUUCACGACUGCUGAAGAUGUGGUGGAUCUCGAUGAUCUUGCGCUACUUCAAAAGGAUCAGACGACAGGAAACAAGGCCCUUGAGGCGAUCCAGCAAAGGCUCGAAAAUACUGAACAGCAACUUGCGAAAAGCCGCUCCUCAAUCCUCACAUCAGAAGACCAGCUCGCCAAGACACGACAAGAUAUCGCAACCAGAGACAGCAAGAUUGCAGAACUGGAGAGACUCCGCAAACCAGUUUGGGAAGCUCAAUCUGGUUCUUUCUCCGCCAAGGACAAAGGUUGGCCAGGGGGCCAAAACAUUGGGCAUAAUUGUGCCGUCACAUUCUCCAAAAGUUAUCCUUCACCUCCAAAGCUUCUGUUCGGUUUGAGUGCCAUAGAUUGCGAGUCCGGCAAGCCCCGUUGCCUGUCCCUGGCCGGCCCAGAGGUGACGGCCAGCGGAUUCAGCGUCCAUGCAGCAGCUUGGAAUAACACGUAUGGCUAUCGAAUCGACUGUAACUGGAUGACGCUACCAGACGAUCUCCAUCUUGAAACCGGCAUGCUGUACACCGGCAAUGGUAACCGCGGUGCCUGGGAAGAAGACAUAUUCUUCAGCCAAAGCUUUGCCUCGCCGCCCAAGAUUGCCGUCUGGAUCCAGGAAUUCGAAUGGCAUAACCAGGGAUUCAUGUCCAUCACCUGUGUUGCCGAACAGAUCACCGCUAAUAGGUUCAAGUUGAAAGUCCUCUCGUGGGCGGAUCGUUCGUACCGACAGGUACGAGUGCAAUACCUCGCCUACCCCGCCGAAGAGGACGGGAAGCGAGUCAAGAGUGGACGAAAUACCGUCCACCGUAGUCCAGGAUCUAUGGAGAACAAGGGCCCAUUUUACGGUCAACCUUUCACAAAGCAACCGCAGACUUUCGUUGCAAUCUGCGAGACCGACUUCAACUCCAGUCGCAAUUUGCGGUUUGAAUGCUCUGCUAGAGCUCCGAACAAGGAAGAACUAAGUAGGCAUAUGGCUGUCAUUUUGCUACCAGCUGCGCUUGUGGAAGAUGGAUCGUUCAAGAUCAGGACUUCCUCAGACGAAACAAGGACCGGAAAAGAGCUCUUUUCCCUGUAG